AUGCCAUCUCAAGUAGAUGACUCCCCUCUCCCCGCCCCGGGCCAAUUGACGGCACCGAGCCAGGAAGACCUCGCCAACAUCCCCAGCGAAGUAGCCCGACUCCUCGACUUCCUCCAAACCGGCGAGCAGGACCUGCAGUUCCUCACCGACCUCCGAGACGAGCACAUCGCCGACCUCGAACGGCAGCCGAUCGUGCUGCGACGAGUGGAUAGCGUGAAGGAGGGCGCGGGCAAGGCGCUCGGGCAGGUCCGCCAGGUCGUCGACGGCGGCCUGGACAAGGUCCGCAAGAGCAGGUCGGCGUUCCGCAAGAGGAGCGCGAGGAAGUUCGCCGAGUCGGCCGAGUUCCGCAGCCAGGAGGCCGUCGUCACGAGGCACCAUGCCGCCAUCCUCCGCGAGCUCGUGCACCUGCGCCAGCUCGCCCUGCGGAGCCCGACGCCCGGGCAGAGGGACCAGCAGCAGUCCAGCCGUGAUAGUGUGGUGAGCGCGGAGUCGGAUGGGCCGAGGUCGGUUCGUAGCUUCUCGACGACGAGCUCCAAGACGGAUAAGCCCAAGUUUGAUAACAUCGGGCUCCUGGCAGAUCUCAUGGGGGAUUCUGGAUGCAAGUCGACAUUCCCUGUGGCAGAAAUUCACGGCAAUUCAGGCCACCGAACAAACAGCGUAUCAUCAUGCCCUCCGACCAGCUUCGCCGCAUAUGGAAAAGGCUCGAUCCUAUUUCCAGCUGAGCUGAGCGCAGAGCCGAAUGCAGACUCUGGCCCAGUUGAGCUGCCCGGAGAUAUUCCCACCAGUCCACCAGCAAGACCCGUCUCUACACCCUCGGCAACGAAUGACGCUGAAAGAAAGGGCACUCCUACAUCAGAGCCUCCCAGCUCGCCUCCUCCCCAAUCCGACACGCGCCCAGUUAGGCCCUCCCGUUCAAUUACCUUCGACCCGACAGACGACGGCGAUUUACAGCCCUUCUCGCCGCUGGAGGACCUCACCCCGUUCAUCCAGCCUCCCCCGGUUGUCGAGGAGAAGCAAGUCGUCGAAGAGAGCAGCUUCUUCGGACCAGCGUCGAUCAGCGUGUACGAGGAGAAAGAGGUCGUUGUUCGGCACAGCCAGCGGAAGAAGUCGUCGCAGCGCAUCUUACUCAACGAGCAAGACAGGGCCGGGCUCGCUCUACUCAUGGGGGGUGACAUGGGGUAUUCGGGCCACUCAGUUGCCCACAAGUCAUCCGCAGUGUCACUGGUGUCCGUCAAUUCCCAAGCAGGAACUUCCAUCACAUGGCCAAGCCCAUCUGUGCGUGAGCAGGCCUCGAUGAUCCCCCCAGUCCCUACUCAGCCGCCGCCGCCUCCGCCAGUGCCGCCAAAGAUUCCCCAUGGAACCAUUCCAAGGAAACCCACGCCUUCACAGUCUAGCUCUACGACAUCGCUGCCUUCUCAAAGUCAGAGCCCGGCCUCUGGUGAUGGCGAGAGUGUAGCGCCAGCCGUGAAGCCGCUCACAACAAUCCCCCCGGAGCUCUUGCUUGGACAGCUUACUACUUCCCAGGGCCAACUACAGACAGUGCCUGCUAUUGUUGUCCAGAAAGCAUCGCCUUAG